AUGCCUGCUCACGGAAACUAUACGACCGAAAAGAUCCGCUAUCCGUCCCACGGCGAGACAAUUAGUGCGGUGCUCUUCCGGCCUAUGGGAGUCGCUAAUCCUCCUGGUAUCGUCCUUACCGGACCCUAUUCAUUCAUCAAAGAGCAGGCACCGUACCAGUAUGGUUCUCGGUUGGCCGACGAGGGAUACGCGGCACUGAUUUUUGACCCGCGCACGGUGGGUGAGAGCACGGGAACCCCGCGGCGACUCGAGAACCCGAAAAUGAAGAACGAGGAUGCUAUCGCAGGGCUGGACUACCUCGUCUCGCGCGGCGAUGUCGACGUUUCGAGACUGUUCGUGGUCGGCAUCUGUCAGGGUGGACCUGAGAGUCUCGAUAUUGCAUCGUACGACGACCGAGUCAAAGCUGCGGCGUCCGUCUCAGGUUAUUUCCGCGAUCACGAGACAGACAUUUACAUGAUCAGCGUCGGGUGUGUGGCUUGGGAACCGGGCAUGGAUAUUGGAUCCCUCAAGAUGCCUACGCCGGAACAAGGUGAAGCACUGUUGCGGGCGCGACUCGAACGAGCCCGUAAAGCUCGCGAGCUGUACGAUACUACAGGUGAAGUUGUCUACCAACCUCUAGUCGACCCAAAGGCCGCCGAUCCAGACACUGGGGCUUUAGCUGGUCUCCCAGGCCCUACGGUAUGGGCGUGGUACGGACCCUGGACCUUGAAGGGAUUCGAGAACCGUUAUGCCGUAAUGAGUGAUCUCGAUCAUUUCUCAUAUACCACCGUCCCGAGCGUAGCGAAGCUCAACAAGCCAGCCUUAAUCAUCCAUGGAGACAACUGUAUGAAUGCACCCGCAGCCAAGAGACAUUUCGAAUCCAUUCCGGCCACAAACAAAAAACUGAUCUGGAACAACGAUGUCUCCCACUUUCAGCAUUACGACCAGCCUGAUGUGGUCGAUAGAAAUGUGGGCGAUAUUGCAAAUUUUUUUGCUGGUGUUUAA